AUGACUGAUCAAGCAGUAACAUGCAAGGUCAGCCAUAGAAGACUGCAGGUAGAGUUUAUGAUGACUGUAGUGUAUGCAUUCAACACCAGAGAAGAAAGAAGAAGUUUGUGGAGCUACAUUGAGAAUGUGAGUAAGAAUUUGGGAGGCCCAUGGAUAGUUAUGGGAGAUUUCAAUGCUGUCCUACAUACUAAUGAUAGAGUUAGGGGAAAUCCAGUAAGUUUAGCAGAAAUAAUUGAUUUCCAACAAUGCAUAGACCAAUGUGACUUGAUGGAGAUGCCAACUAGUGGGAGCAGGUAUACUUGGAAUGAUAGGCAUAGUGAUAAUAGGAUUUUAUCAAAAAUAGAUUGGGCCUUCAUCAAUACAGCAUGGCUCAAUUUAAUACCAACUUAUAGGGCUUCAUACUUAGAAGAAGGCAUCAGUGAUCACUGUCCAUUGAAGUUGUCAAUAGGAACUUCUAACAGGAGGACAAAAGAUACUUUUAAAUUCUGUAAUGUUUGGGCAUCACAUCCAAACUUUAUAGACAUAGUUAAGGGAGUAUGGAUGAAGGAGGAUUGUAGGGUGUAG